UAUGUAGGACAAAAAGUCACAACUUAUAAAAUUUUAAAUGCAAACUCAUUGUAAAAAUUAAACUAACAUUCCACAAUAUGUCAAGUCGAGCCCAAUUAUUUAUAGGAAGGCUUCCUAUUGAUAUUCGUGAACGCGACGUAGAACAAGUGUUUGAAAAAUAUGGUCGAUUAUUAAGAUGUGAUGUAAAAUACGGUAAAGGAAUGUAUGGAUCUACUGGUCGAAGAGGUGCUGGAAGAACUGGAAUGGCUUAUGCUUUUGUUGAUUAUGAUGAUAGACGAGAUGCCGAAGAUGCUAUUAAGUAUGAAAAUGGCCGAGAAAUCAGAGGUCAGAGCAUAGUUGUGGAAUGGGCUCGUGGGCCUUCAUACCGUUCAGGGGGUGGUGGUGGCGGAGGAUCUGGAUAUCAAAGGAAUUCUAAUUAUAGAGCUCCGUACAACAGAUAUCAGAGAGAAAGCUAUGGCCGUUCAUCAGGAUCUCGACAGAAUAGUGAAGAAUGUUAUCGCUGUAGAAGAACAGGCCAUUGGGCCAGAGAUUGUCCAGAGGCAUCCUCUUCAUCAUACUAUCCUCGUUCUUCAAGAAAUCGUUCUAGGAGUCGUUCUAGAUCAAGAUCAAGGCGCCAAAGGAGUGUGUCUGGGAGUCGCUCAAGAAGCCGUGAUCGUGCUAGGAGAAGUUCAUCAGACUAUCGUCAAAAAAGUCGAAGCACAAGUAGAGAGAAGAGAACUAAGCCCAGAUCAGCAAGUCGAUCUGCUUCUCGCUCAAGAUCAAGAUCUGUUGAAGAAAGUCGUAGAAAAACUGAAAAACCCAAGAGGGGUUCUCAGCAUUCACAGAGUAAAUCUGCCUCCCGAAGUCGAUCACCGAGUAAGAGUGCCAGCCGCUCGCCUAGCUAUGCAAGAAAAGGCAAAUCUCCUGAAAAAAAUUCUGAUAAUUAUGACUAUGAUGACAAACAGACUGAUGAUAGAGAGUUUGAGCAAGAACGUAGCACAAGUAGAAGUCCCCAUAAAAGCCACAGCCGUAGUGCAAGUAAAGAUAAUGAUGAGCGAUAUGCGGAUGAUAGUGACCGCAGUGUGAGCAGAAGCAAAUCUCGUUAAAUCAUUCUUUAUCUUAAUCCUUUCAUAUGUCAUUUCACUGUGUGUUCUAUACUAAAUGAUGUCAUUCUUUACUGAUAUUUUUAUCUUAGGACUGAUAGCUUGUUAUGGUGUUAUUAGCAAGUAAUCAUGUAAUGUGGAGUUAUUACUAUAUGAAUAAAGUAAUUACUGUAUGAAUAAAA